CUACAGCUCCCGGGGAGCAGAGGGGCCGCCCGCGCCGCCGUUCCCCCGGGCCGGCGGUAGCUGCGGCUACCGGUCAGCGCUGGGGUUCGGGGUGCGAGCGUCUUCCAGUGCGUCCCCUUCCGCGAGGCCGGCGGUAGCUUCCCGCCGCCGGCUGGGUGCGGCCCUUCCCGCGGCGCCGCCAUGGAUCUCUUCGGGGACCUGCGGCGCAUGAACAAGCGGCAGCUGUAUUACCAAGUCUUAAAUUUUGCUAUGAUAGUGUCGUCUGCCCUUAUGAUAUGGAAAGGGCUGAUCGUCAUUACUGGAAGUGAAAGUCCUAUUGUUGUGGUGCUCAGUGGCAGCAUGGAACCAGCUUUUCACAGAGGAGACCUGUUGUUCUUAACAAAUUUCCAUGAUGACCCAAUCAGAGCUGGUGAAAUAGUUGUUUUUAAAGUUGAAGGCAGAGACAUUCCAAUAGUUCACAGAGUAAUCAAAAUACAUGAAAAAGAAAAUGGGAACAUCAAAUUUCUGACUAAAGGUGAUAAUAAUGAAGUUGAUGAUAGAGGCUUGUACAAAGAAGGUCAGAACUGGUUAGAGAAGAAAGAUGUUGUUGGAAGAGCAAGAGGAUUUUUGCCUUAUGUUGGUAUGGUAACUAUAAUAAUGAAUGACUAUCCAAAAUUUAAGUACGCUCUUCUGGCAGUAAUGGGAGCAUAUGUACUGCUGAAACGUGAAUCAUAAAAAAAAAAAAAAAAUCACUUUUCCAAGAACAAAGUACAAAGUAAAAUA